GAAGGAAGUUCGAUCCUCGCGGCGAUCCGUCCUCCUCAUCCUGGCGUUCGCCGGCGGCAACAUGGCGGCGGUGUCAAUGUCAGUGGCGCUGAGGCAGGCGUUGUUGGGCAGAAGGGCAGCGGCAGCGACUGCCCUUUGCGUUGCCAAGGUUCCAACCAGGUUGUUGAGUACUUCCACAUGGAGGUUGGCACAGGACCAAACUCGAGACAUGCAACUCAUAACAGUGGAUGAGAAAUUGGAUAUCACUACUUUAACUGGUGUUCCAGAAGAACACAUCAAAACCAGAAAAGUCCGGAUUUUUGUUCCUGCUCGCAAUAACAUGCAGUCUGGAGUAAACAACACGAAGAAAUGGAAGAUGGAAUUUGAUACUAGGGAAAGAUGGGAAAAUCCUCUGAUGGGCUGGGCAUCAACGGCCGAUCCCUUGUCCAACAUGGUGCUAACCUUCAGUACUAAAGAAGAUGCAGUUGCAUUUGCGGAAAAAAACGGAUGGAGCUAUGAUGUGGAAGAGAAGAAGAUUCCUAAGCCCAAGUCCAAGUCUUAUGGGGCAAACUUUUCUUGGAACAAAAGAACUAGAGUGUCCACAAAAUAGGCUGGCACUGACUCUCUGUGCCUGACGGUGAAUAAAGUCAGCUGUGCCGUAUUUAUAGUCCACAUAUAACACAUCUCUUAAUCUCCUAAUAAAUUUGACCUUUAAACUACA